AUGUAUGUAUGUUCGCCUGCGAAGCUGAUGGUCCUGGGUUCGAAUCCUGGUAAGGGCAUUUAUUUGUAUGAUGACACAGAUAUUUGUUCCCGAGUCAUGUAUGUUUUCUAUGCAUUUAAUUAUUUAUACAUUAUACAUAUCGUCGUCUGAUUAGUGAAUAGGUACCCACAACACAAGCCUUCUUGAGCUAAACGCGCGUGAGGCUUAUCAAUUUGUGUAAGAAUGUCCUUAAUAGUUAAUAAUAUAGUUAUUCACAAAAAAUCUUUAAAUUGAUUACAUGAUUUCAGGAGAUUCAGGUUACGGACUGGAGCCAUGGCUUAUGACUCCAGUCCUUAAUGCUGCACCGGAGUCUGCGGAGGAGCGGUACACAGCAUGGCAUUGCCGGGUCCGCAACACCAUCGAGCGGACCAACGGGUACCUGAAAGGGUCACUGCGUUGCUUGGGUUGCGACCGCUCCCUCCACUACAGCCCAGAAAAGGCGUGCCGGCUAAUAUAUGCCUGUUGUACCAUCUACAACAUCAUGAAACAUUUCAGGGUGGAAAUGCGCGAAAUUAACGAGGAAGAACCUGACGACAACCACAGGCCGGAGCCUGUACCACAGGCGGCACUAUACCAGGCCGCCUUGUACAAAAGGCAGGGUAUAAUUCGUCAAUAUUUUAAUUAACAAAAUUUUUUUAAAUUUUUUGAAUUAUAUUUUUAUCUUUACAUACCUA